AUGUCUGCCAGAACUAAAAAGGGUCUAUCUUAUGUGAUAGGUGACUCUAAUAAAGAUGAAAAUCACAUCUUACCUAUUAACGUAUGUCAAUAUUCAACAUAUUCUAAUCAGCUCUUUACAGGAGGAAGGGAUGGAGCCGUGAAGGUAUGGAGUCCAGAGAAGCUGUUUUCGAAAGAUGAUUCUCCUGCAAACUUCCAAUUUUCCGAUUGCUUCGAUAAUUCCGAUGAUAGGAGAAAUACUGUUGUUGAACAAGAUAUCGACGAAACAAUACUUAAAUUGGAGACUUCAAUAUCCUCAAACCCAAUGUCUUACUCAGGGUCAAAAAAUCACGAUUAUGGUGUCAUAAAUAACUUCAAUUUACACUUUGACUGGAUUAAUGAUAUGAAACUAGUUAAUAACGAUAGAGACUUAGUAACUUGUUCUUCAGACUUGUCUAUGAAAUUAGUGAAUCUAAAGCCGGGGCUAACGUCUGAAAGUCUGUCUCAGGAAGAAGUACACACACACAAAUUUUCGAAUAUCCAUACAGAUUAUAUCAAAAAAUUGUCAUACAUACAUUACGAGAAUCUUCUUGCCAGUGGGGGUCUAGAUGGAAAGAUUGUACUAUGGGAUUUGAAUACGUUGAAGCCCAUCCAAGAGAUUGAAAAUCAUUCGCCAAAUCCUAAUCUUCCGAAUUCAAUAUACUCAUUAUCGAAUAAUGGCUCCAAUGUAAUUGGAACGGGAGGUCCUAACAAUAUAAUAUCUUUGUACGACAAAAGAGCAUCACAACAUUCUGGUUUAAUCAGAAAGUUAAUAGGACACCAAGACAAUAUCAGGUGUUUACUAAUGAACGAUAGAUAUGCAUUAAGCGGAUCGUCUGAUACUUCGAUUAAACUCUGGGAUUUGAAAACCUUCAAAGUUUAUAAAAACUUUGAUAUACAUGAAGAUGCAGUUUGGUCGCUCACCACAGGAGUAUCAUCGUCACCAGGAUUAUUGUUCCAAAAUGAUUACAACUCAGAGUUUGAAGUUUUUUAUUCUGGAGACAAAAGUGGGCGAAUCGUGAAAACAGAUAUUAAAUAUCUAUCUUCUAGUUUUUCAGAUGAAGCUCAUAGAAGUAGUACAUUAACAAGCUCUGAUUAUGAAGCAAUUGACGAAAAGCUAGGCUUUUCAGUUGUAGUUGCUAAACUAGACUCGCCAAUUGUUUCCUUGUGCCUAGAAAAUAACGUUCUGUCAUUUGGUAAACGUUCUAUUCCUUCAGUAUUUGCUUCAACUUAUGAUGCAAUGAAUAGAUAUCUUGUCCCGGAUACUGAACAGCUCUCUCAUUAUCAGUAUUUGAGAGAAUUCAUGGACUAUACAACCAACCAUGAAAGACAAAUUAACGACGAAAUUGCGGCUGGGUUAGUCGAGGGGGCAACGGGCGAUCAAAAUGACUUAAAUUCUGAUUUCCAUGAUCUAGUAAGUCACUUAUCGAUGGAUACGAAUAAUUUAGAAAUACAGUCGUCGAUUUCAGGCGCUAACUACCCAUUAUCUAUUCAGAGCCCCGACAUUCCCAGUCCUUAUGAACAAAUUGAUAACAGCGAAUACCAGACCAUGUUUUUGGAUAUAAAUGGUGGUCCCUCUUUGGAGUAUGUAAAUACGUUCAAAGAAGGCUUGGAAAAAUUUAAAGAAAAUGAUCCAAUAGUAGACUCUACACCAGUAGAGAUAUUACUAAAUCCAGUGGCUUCUGACCAUGUUACAUUAAUACCUUUCAAUCGAAGACCAGUUGAUAUAUUUAAUUUGGUCCCUAAAAGUAUCAUUUCUAAGAGAAUGAUCAACAACAAAAGACAUAUGUUAGUUUUGUAUCUAAAUGGGGAUAUCAAGUUGUGGGAUAUCUUUAUCUGUCAAGUGAUCAAAGUCUUUCCAUAUUCAUCUAAAGCACUGCAUCCUCUCACAAAAGAAUUAUUAGAAAAUAGGCUCAGAGAAAUGGAAGAUAUAUUCCAAGAUCACCAGACUUUGGAUAUAUUAGGUAACUGGUGCGAGGCUGAGAUCAAGGCUGGGAAAUUAAUGCUUACCUUGAAAGAGUCGUCUUUUGCAUCUAUGGAAAUUUAUUAUGACGAGUUGGUUGAAUCUUAUCCUUUCUUAGCCCACGAUCAUCCUGAAAAUACAGUCAACAAGAAAGGAAACAACAAAACAAUUACAAAUGAUGACAGGUUUUACAUUAGUGCCUUAUUUUUAACCUCUUUGUUUCAGAACUAUAUUCUUUACGAAUGGGAGUUUGAUUAUCACAUGAGAGAAGAGUUGAAAAAGCAUAAAAAGAAAGAUUGCAAAGGAUCGUCCACAACUAUCAGCGAUGAGCUGGUCUCGGAAUCUGUCUUUCCAGGUGGCAGUACUUUCAGAAGACUCAAGCUGUUUGGUAGAAUUCCUUCGAGAUCAAGUAUGCAUCUGCAGCUGCUGCUGCAGGCGCCUCAAUUACAGAGAAAUGGCCUGAAUUUAUCGCAAAGCUCUUCUUUUAGUGACCAAGUGUCUAAGUUAGCUGAGAGCUCGGUCUCUGAUUUCAUGACCUUUUCCGAUAAUGAAAAUAAGAAUGCACGAAAUGAAGACUCUGUGAUGUCCUUGUUACAAUUGAACAAAAGUAAAUACCUAGAAAAGAUAAAUGAUGGAAGUAAACAGGUAGAUCUGCUUUUGAACACUUACUAUACAAAUUUGGAUGAGGUAUAUAGACCCUUAUUCAGCACGUCACGAUUCCCUCAAAGCUUAGAUAUUAUAAUAUUUGAAUGGUCUUCGAAAUUGGGAAACCUUCGAGAUUUGUGCAGUUUCACAGUGGAAGACUUGUCGAGGCUCGGAUCGUCGGCCACGACAUCCCUAGUGACCGAGUUAAGACUCUAUCUUCCUCGUUGGAUAGGCCGGGCUUUACUAUAUUCAAUUUAUCCUACUAAGGAGAGCCCUAAAAUAGCUUUCCUGUUAACUGAAUGCGACUACGCUACUCUUCCGCCGGAUAAAAAGAUCGGGGGAAAGUCUCAAAGAAAGAUAAAAAAGUUACCGUCACUUGAAAGCUCCAUAAGGUUAACAUCUCACAACAUGCUCAGAGUGAGUAAGGUCCUAUUUUAUGUCACUGAGAAGUUUGAGUCACGAACUUCAGAGAUGAAAGACCGCAAGCCAGUCAGUGAGUGGCUUGCUGUUGAAUGUAGAGGACAAGAGCUAGCUCCCAACAUGACUUUACAGGCGAUAAAAACCAAUAUUUGGAAGUCAAAUACAGACAUUGAGCUUAAAUUCAGACGAAAAUUUGAUUAA